AUGCAGAUCAACUUGUGUAUCCUCCCGAUCCUCUCCACCAUCGCCGCGGUAGUUUCGGCUGCUCCUUCCGGCAUUCUUCCACGCUCCGGCAGCGUCUCGGCCACGUCCAUCAACACGGUCAACGAGCCCGCCGACAAAUACCACAUGAUCGAGUUCCCGCACUUCGAGAUCCCGGGCAUCGACGACGCUAUUACAAACCCGGAGCACAAACACGAUCCUGCGCCGGUCAUCUACCCAGACCCAUCCUGCAACAGCACCUUCAACUACUACACCUCGGCAGGUGAGAUCGGCAAGCUGGUCUGCGAGACCUCCUGGGCGUCUCCAACCUACGACGAGAUUGACUACGUCGUCUGGAAGGUCUCCAAGCAGAAGAAGAAUACCUGUGGCCAGGAAAAUCAUACGGGAAGCAAGUGCACGCGCUUGCAACGGUACAAGGGCGGCGAGCUCUCGCUGUGUGGCAGGGGGGGUUGGGCAAUCCCUUGCCCCGCGGUUGCGUGGGCCGGCAAGGAGAUUAGGAAUAGAUUUACUCUGAACGCUGAGGUUUUUCUCCCACCACGGAAGCGCUCUGUACUACGCGACCUUGAAUUGGGUGUUAUCGUGGUGAUUUCCGAUAUGUGCUGCGAGAACCUUGUGGAGGGUGUGAACAUGAGCACGCCGCGACUAGCUCAUAGUAGCAAAAAAUCAUUAACAACAAAACAACAGAUCGGCAACGUCGAAUUGUUGCUGCUGUCGGUUCCGGCGGAAUCAUCCACCGUCACGGAGGCUUCCGAUGUCUACGAAAUCCAGGGCGAGGCCGUCAAGUCUGCCAAUUGGGGGCGAAGGGAGAAUUCCAAGAAGGGCCGGAAGAAGCGUGGGGCGGAGAUCUCCAAGCGCGAGACACCUGGCAGCCUCAAUGACAUGCCUGACUCACACGGUUACCAGCACGGCACCCAGUACGACGACGAAUACUUUGCGCAACAAGUCUACGAUCAGUGUUUGAUUUCGGUUUACAAUGGGCGGCUAGAAAUUACAUGA